AUGGCCAAAUCAUUAGAGGAAUUUGAUGACAAUGACGACAAUGGAGAGGUUGAUGAGGAGCAUGACGAGGACGAGGAGAAGGACGAUGAUGACGAUGAUGGCGAUGAGCCGGAACUGGUAUCGGUUGUGUUUGAGGUACUGGUCGAAUUUGUGGAGGAGGUUGAUGUCUCUGCAAGGCCGGCGACGUCCGGAAUAGCGGUGCCAACUGGCACAGUGACCUCACCCAAUUUGCAGGUCACUGUGCCAUUGUCAUAA